AUGGCCUUUGCCCGCAGGGUAGCCAUCCUCCCUGGAGGUCUAGGAGGACUGGGCUCCGUAACCGGCAAGAAGUUAAUGCAAAACGGGGCUCAGUUGGCCAUUAUUUAUGCUCCUUUCGAAGCCAAGCGUCACGAUGAAUUGAUGGAGAAAGGAUACGGAGGAACACCGAAUAGCGACAAGAUCCGCACAUAUGAGUGCGACAUCACCUCACCGGAGUCGGUCCAGGCUGCCUUCGACUCAAUUGAAAAAGAGACGGUUGCCCCGUCUUCUUCUGCCGUUUCGGAGCGAGCGUUUCCGAGUAUCCUAAUCAACACCGCUGGUUACGUAUCGUUGAGCGACAUGGAACUAACACCGCCCGAAGAGACCAUGAAGCACCUAACAACUAAUGUCCUUGGCCCGAUGCUUUGCUCCCAGACAUUUGCACGAUUGUACUUUGCCGCGUCCAAGAAGGCCCAAUCGUCCACCAGUCCACCUCCUCCAGGAAGAAUCAUCAGUAUAUCUUCACAGGCGGCGCACGCGGCGCUGCAUCGGCACGGGGCGUACUGUGCAUCCAAAGCAGCGCUUCUAGGUCUCACACGUAGUAUGGCAUCUGAGUGGGCCGAUCGCGGCAUUACGUCGAACACUGUCUCGCCCACUGUGGCCUGGACGGAACUAGGGAAAAAGGCUUGGGGGGAGGCUUCGGUGCGAGAAGCAUUUUUGAAGUCGAUACCGACUGGAAAGUUUGCUCGGCCUGAAGAAGUCGCCGAUGCCGUGGUCUUCCUUGCACAGGCAAGCAUUGCUCUUCUCGAUUCGAGUGGCAUGAUCAAUGGUGCUGAUAUUAGGAUUGACGGUGGGUUUACCAUAAGGUAA